AUGCGCGAUGGGCCUCGCCGUUCGAAUGGCCAUGGUCAUCGCGAUUAUGAUUCGUCCUGUAGACGUCAGGCGAAGAUCUGCAGGGGACCGGACUAUGGUGGUGCCGAUCGCAAAGCGUCCUGUGGCUUUUCGUCGUCCAUCAGUGGCCCAUCGGCAUUCCCCAGUGACCUCAUCGGAUGA